GCCCCGCCCGCCCGUUUCUAUGGCAGCCUCCGGGCCGGGCCGGGUCAUGGCGGCGGCGGCGGCGUUGUGCAUGGGCCGGGCCUCGCCGCCGCGGCCGCUCGUGGUGAUCCUGGGCGCUACCGGCACCGGGAAGUCGGCGCUGGCCGUGCAGCUGGGGCUGCGCCUUGGCGGGGAGAUCGUCAGCGCCGACUCCAUGCAGCACCGCCGUCUUUGCCCUUCGUGCUGCACUUGGUCACGCCCACCUUCUGCUUUCCUGCACUGGGCUGCUGGCACUGGUCUCAGUGGUUCUCUUCUGCAGGGCUGGAUUUGUAAGCGUUCCGUCUUUCGUUUAAAACAGGUGUACAAAGGCUUGGACAUCAUCACAAACAAGGUUUCUCCCCAGGAGCAGCGCCUGUGUAGACACCACAUGAUCAGCUUUGUGGAUCCUCUCAUCUCCAACUACACAGUUGUGGAUUUCAGAGACAAAGCUGUGGCUCUGAUUGAAGAUAUCUUUGCCCGAGACAAGAUCCCGAUUGUUGUGGGAGGAACCAACUACUACAUCGAGUCCUUGCUCUGGAAGGUCCUUGUCAACACCAAGGAGAAGUCCAGCCUGGUGUCUGGCACGGUCACCGACAGGAAAGUGGAGCUGGAGCAGCUGGACGCUGUUGAUCUCCAUCGCCGCCUGAGCCAGGUAGACCCAGAGAUGGCAGCCAAGCUGCACCCCAAUGACAAGCGCAAAGUGGCCAGGAGCCUCCAAGUAUUUGAAGAGACGGGGAUCCCCCACAGUGAAAUCUUGCAACAACAGCAGGAGGAGGAAGGUGGGGGGCCUUUAGGGGGGCCCCUGAAAUACCCACACUCUUGUAUCUUGUGGCUUCAUGCAGACCAGGCAGCUCUGGACCGACGGCUGGAGCAGAGGGUAGAUGAUAUGCUGGCUGCAGGGCUGCUAGAAGAGCUGCGGGACUUCCACCAACGCUACAAUCAAGAAAAGGUGACCGAAAACCGGCAGGAUUAUCAGCAUGGCAUCUUCCAGUCCAUUGGUUUCAAGGAGUUUCAUGAGUACCUCGUCAGUGAGGGGAAUUGCUCACCUGAGACCAGUGCCCUGCUACUGCAAAAAGGGAUCCAGGCCCUGAAACAGGUGAGCAAGAGAUACGCCCGGAGGCAGAACAAAUGGGUCCGAAACCGCUUCCUGAAACGUCCUGGCCCCAACGUGCCCCCAGUAUAUGGCUUGGAGGUGUCUGAUGUCUUGCGGUGGGAAGAAGAUGUGCUGAAACCUGCUCUGGAGAUUGUGGAGAGCUUCAUCCAGGGACGCAAGCCACCUGUGGAGCCUGUAAAGAUGGAGUGCGAUGUAAACGAGAACAAACGGAGCCAUCGUGUGUGCGAGCUCUGCGACAGAAUCAUUAUCGGGGACAGGGAGUGGGCAGCUCACACACAAUCCAAAGCUCACCUGCACCACCUGAAGAAGAGAAGGAAGCUGGAGGCUGCUGGACAUGCUGCAGACACAGCGAGGGACAGCAGAAGUGUGGAGGCCUCGGGCAAGGACAACAGCAUGCCUUUGCCGUAGGCUUAUGAAUGGGGAGCAGCUGUGCUUCCUCCUGGACAGGGAGGAAAGGCUGAGUCCUGGGUGGCCUUGACCCAAACGAGCUGAGUCAUUUUUUGGGGAUGAGGCAGGUGUGUGAGUGACAGCCAAAUGGCCGUGGGCUGUGUCAGUGCCUCUUCAUGUGGCCUCAUCUUGCCGUGUUCCAUGCUGCUCCUGCCCUGCCUGCACAGGGCUGGGCCCCGGGGCAAGGCUGCUGGGGCAUCCUCCUGUGCCCAGUGUUUGCUCCUGCCACAGGCUCAGCAUUAUCCCUGGAAAGGUGGAGCCUCUCCCCCUGGCAUGUGAACGUGAUGUUCUCAGAGACAGAAGUACUGCGCUCCUUCAGCUUGGCCAGGAGUGCAGCUCAGGGGCUGAGUGAGCUCUCACUGCCUUUUUGUGGAGAGGAUAUUUUUUUGAAUUUAUAUGGAAAUAAAGUACAAGAUUUCUGUGGAUUCCCCUGCCUUA